AUGUCUUCCCUAGAAAAGCCAAAAGCCAACGGCAGCGCUACACAAUCUCCGCGACAGAGAAGAGGCAGCAGCAUGUCACGCAUGGCCGCCGCUGCUAUGGAUAAGAUCGAUGCCUUUCAAGGCCCGCAGGAGAACAUCUUCCUUUUCGCACCCAACAUUAUCGGCUACAUCCGAGUCCUCCUUGCUUUCGCCAGUCUCAGCUACAUGCCAAUUCACCCCAGAACAUGUAGUCUGCUCUACAGCAUAUCCUGCCUCCUCGAUGCCCUCGAUGGCGUAGCUGCCAGGCGAUACAACCAAUCCACCCAAUUCGGCGCCGUUCUCGACAUGGUCACUGACCGCUGCACAACCACGUGCCUGCUCGUCUACCUCGCCUCGGCCUUCCCACGCUGGAGCAUGGUUUUCCAGGGCUUGAUCAGUCUCGAUUUUGCUAGCCACUGGAUACAUAUGUACGCUAGCUUGGUGGGCGGAAAUGCGAGCCACAAGAAGGUAGAUGAGAAGAGGAGUUGGCUGCUACAUUUGUACUACACGAACCGCAACGUCCUGUUCGCGGUCUGCGCCCUCAACGAGCUCUUUUUCAUCGCUCUUUACCUACUGAGCUUCUCCUCACCACUCCUAUCGCCAGCACUGCUCGUCAACAACACCUCGAAUCCCCUCAGCGCACAGCCUGGCUCUCCAGCCGUGCCGAAGUCACUCUUCCCGAACCCAUGGUCAGCAGCAGCGAUGGAGCUGGCAAGAGCAAACAAGAUCGACAGCACUGUGCCGUGGAUCAUUGCUGGGGUGAGUGCGCCGGUGUGCCUCUUCAAGCAGGUCCUCAAUGUCAUACAACUCAUCAAUGCGAGCAAGAGCCUAGCAGAGGUCGAUAUCAAAGCGCGGAGGGAGGCUAGGAUGACUGAGAGGAAGAAGGCGCGCUAG